UAGUGAUAUGCGAAAUGAAUUUAAAAAAUAUAGGUACAUUGAUAUAGAACGUUUGCAGUUCGCGUGCUUGAAGGUGCUUUGAAGAACUUAAGAGUAAUAUUUGUGUGUGUAAUAGUCGAUUAUAGUUAAUUUAUUAUGGUUAAUAUUCAAAUCCCUGUAAAAUCAAAAAUACCAAUAAGAUUUUGGAUAGCAUGUAUGGUAUUUUUUACAACAUUUACCUGCUAUACCACCAGGGUAAAUUUGUCAGUAAGCAUAGUGUCAAUGACCAAAGGUAAAACCAAAGGAAUACCGUAUUGCAAACUAAAAGAAGGUACAGGAAAUAGCGAUGAUUCAUCACAUGAAUUGCCUGAUUAUGGACCAAGAUACGACUGGGAUGAAAGAGUUCAAGGAACACUUUUGGGAGCUUACUUCUACGGCUACAUCAUCACCAACCUGUUUGCUGGAUUGAUAGCUGAAUAUUUUGGCCCUCUAAAAGUUAUUUUGUUAGUCCAUGUAGUAGCUACAGUAAUGAAUACUUUAAGCGUUUUUGCGGCUGGUUGGCAUUGGGGCAUCCUCUUCUUCUGUCGAUUGGUGCUAGGAAUGGGCGGGGCUCUGGUUUAUCCUUCCCUUCAAGUGUUAAUAGCUUUUUGGGCACCUCCUCAAGAAAAAGGAAAAUUUAUAAGUGCUCUCAUGGGCAAUGUUUUAGGAACCUGCGUUACUUGGCCAGUAGUGGGAUUGGUGACAACGUAUUUGGGAUGGAAUUGGGGAUUUUUCUUCGUGAGCUUAGAAAAUGUACUUUUCUGUAUAAUUUUCUACCUAGUGGUCACAGAUACUCCUGAAACUAACAAAUUGAUCACCCCAGAAGAGGUUACGUAUAUAAAAGAAUCUCAACAUGGUACAGUAGUCAAAAAUAAAGUGGUAGCUCCAUAUAAGGACAUCUUUAAAAGUUUUCCAUAUUGGAUGUUGAUGCUCUGCCAUUUUGGCAAUGAAUGGGGCCUUUACUUGCAGCUGACUUUGAUUCCGAAGUUCAUAUCAGACGUCAUAGGCUUUGACCUCAGUCAAGCUGGUGGUCUAUCAGCGCUACCUCCCUUAAUGCGAAUGUUAUUUGGGCUUAUCCUGGGAUAUGUCGCUGACGAGCUACUAAGGAAGAAAAUAUUUAGUAAAAAAGUAGUUAGGAAAUCCUAUACGGUUUUAUCCCACGUAAUACCUGGUUUAUUGCUGCUUAUCAUCAGCUUCAUCGGUUGUAGUUGGAUUCCAGUGAUAAUCCUGCUGACUCUAAGCUUGGGUUUUAAUGGUGCAUGUGUGCAAAAUAUCUUAAUCAACCCACAAGAUCUGGCUCCCAACUUUUCUGGCACCAUAUACGCUCUGAAUAGCUUUUUCGCUGGAAUGACAGGAUUUAUAGUGCCAGCACUAAACGGAGAAUUCACGAAAAAUGAAAAUGGAAUCGUCCAAUGGUCUUAUACAUUUAUAAUAGGAGGAGUCGUCUACUGCGUCUCAGGAAUCAUCUGGAUCGUCUUUGGCUCUGUUGAAGAACAAGCUUUUAACCGAAAGGGACAAACUACUGAAUGAUAUUUGAUGAAAUGUACAAUCUAUAAAUUAUAUUAUUAAUUAUUAUAUUAUUUUUUGUAUAA